ACGGUUUCUUCUUCCCUCUCUUUCUCACUCUGACUUCAUCGACCUUCUUAUAAACGAGUGCUUCAUCAUGAAUUAUCAUGAUAAGCGCUCAUCGAUGUCGUCUUAUGCCGACAGCGGAUAUUAUGCCCCAUCGGUUAACUCGACAUCCAAGGAAACUCCAUUUAGUCGAACCUUGCAACACACUCUAGCGUAUUACGGCCCAGCAGCAGAACGAUCCCGUGCAUCAUCUAUUCAAUCCAACCGAUCGAAGCGUACCGAUGAAGUUAUAGCUCUGCCACGGCCGCUCACAUUCCCAUUUCACAAUGAUUCCUACUUUCUACCGGUAGCAGAGACGACCCACCGAAGCUUGUCGGCGUCCAACUCUUGCAGAAGUUUGGUAUCUCCACCAAGAGGACAGAGUCCCCGGCAGCGAGAUCCGACUAUAGACUCGAUUAAGCCCGGAACAGUCCGGUCAUUGAAACAGAUGUUCCAAAGGUCAAGCGAUACUACUCAAGCGAAUGAGGCAAAUAAUUCCAUAUCUGCAGAAGAGGCUAACAUCACACCAACGUCGCCACCACCAAAGUCUGUGUUCACUGGGAUUAAGGAAGGAACUGUAAAAGCCCUGCAAAGUCUCUUUACAACGCCACUAUCAUCCAAGACUGAUCCCUCCAAACAACCUCCUUUGAAGCCUACGAGGACUUGGAAAUGGUGGAAACGAUCUAAAGUUGAUAGCCAAAACCCAGCAACCGAAGCUGACUCGAGGCCAACUUCCUCGAUUUUUGGAGAUGCUUCCACACCCCUUUUGCAACCACCUUCAGCAGCUGCUAAAAAAUCAGCUGGUAACCGAUUCUUCCCCAGAAUGACAAAGCCACAAUGGCUCCUUCCCAAAUCCCCUGCCAAGGCCAGUGAACAUUUUGAAAAACCAAAAAAUCCUAUUUCCAGUCUUUGGAAUGGUCUCAAGUCGAUUGUCAAACGCAAGUCAUAGAAUGAACGCUUUCCACAUACCCCCUCAAUCACUUUGUUAUAUAGUAUAAUGAUUGAAUCUCAUACACUCAUUGAUACCCCUCGAUACAUCCAUGCCAAUGUCAUUUUUUGUUUUGCCACUAUCUAUCUAUAUUUGACACCUCGUCGUAAGUCCAGUAAAAAUCUUAAUUGUAUUGUUUGACAUGAGUGCUACGCGUACAUCGUACCAAACUUUUUCAUAAUCAUUUACCGCAUCUGGCA